CCCAAGCCACCCCCACCCCACCAGACAAAACGACUGGAGAAAAUGUCGUGAUUUAGUUUGAGUUUUGAGCGUUUUUCUCCCGAUUCCACCAUGAACAAAGGGUGGCUAGAGCUUGAGAGCGAUCCAGGGCUGUUCACUCUCCUAGUCGAAGACUUUGGUGUGAAGGGAGUUCAAGUGGAAGAAAUUUAUGACCUGUCCAAGCCUAUUGAAGGGCCUGUUUACGGGUUCAUCUUCCUGUUCAAGUGGAGCGAGGAGCGUCGUUCCCGGCGGAAGGUCGGCCCCAGCAUGGAGGAGUCGUUUGUGGCGGACGAAGACAUCGUUAACGACAUGUUCUUUGCACAACAGCUGAUCCCCAACUCCUGUGCCACCCACGCCCUGCUGAGUGUGUUACUGAACUGUCCCCAGAUCAGCCUGGGGAGCACACUUACACGUCUCAAACACUUCACCAAGGGGAUGGGCCCAGAGUCCAAAGGCUGGGCCAUCGGAAAUGUUCCAGAGAUAGCCAGAGCUCACAACAGUCAUGCAAGACCAGAGCCCCGGCACCUCCCAGAGAAGCAGACCGGCAUCUCCUCCGUCCGCACGGCCGAAGCGUUCCACUUCGUCAGCUACGUCACGACCAACGACAGACUGUUUGAGCUGGACGGGCUCAAACCCUACCCGAUAGAUCAUGGUCCGUGGGGAGAGAAGGAAGACUGGACAGAGAAGUUCCGACGUGUGAUCUCAGAGAGGAUAGGGAAUGCCACUGGAGGGGAAAAUGGCCACGACAUCCGGUUUAACCUGAUGGCGGUGGUAGCGGACAGACGGCAGCAGUACGAGACGAAACUCAACACCCUGAAAACCAACCGGCAGAUUGUGUUGGAGGCACUGCAGCAGCUGGUGCGUUUCACCCAGCCUCACCUGACCUCGCUCAUCCCCUCCGCGUUCGGCGCAGAACCCCACAAGUCCAAAGCCUCGUCCACCGUCACUUCAGCAUCCUCGGCUGCAGCCGGCUCCUCCGCUGCUGGUAAGGACAACGUUACAACCGCGGAGACAUCCGACAGACGACGUCACAAGAAGAAGAAGAAGAAAAAGAAGAAGCACAAGGCACUGCCGACGGCACAGGCCGCUGCCCUGACCAAGCGCAACACGUCCAGUCCCGUUGUGACCCACCCUGCGCUGGACAGCCAUAACUACGCCAAGUCUCCCCUGGAGGAGUUUACCGAGGAAAACGAUCAGGACGCGCCGCCUGAAUCCUUCACGGACGAUGAUACAGACGAGGAAGAAGAGGAGGAGAGUGAGGAUGAGGAGGUGGUGGCAUCGACAGAGGCGAUGGAGGGAAUGAAUGAGGGAGAAACAAACGAGUCUUCCGGUGGGGACGUCACGAGCGGCAGAACGAGCUCAGCGUCAACCGAAGGGACAGAGUCUGCGACGGAACCGGCCACGGAGGUGAAGGGCAGUGAGAUCACGUUCUCGGAGGCGAUGCGAGCCAUCUCCGCCGUGGCUGACACCCGGAAACCAGACGAGUUUCUCCACCCGGACGCAAGUCGGCGGGUGGGUUUCCUGGACAUGCCAUGGCGGCCGGACGAAGCGCACCGCCCGCUGACUGUCCACACCGGCGGCUACGGCAAGAUCCCGUCUCCGGCCCCGAGCAACGAGAGCACGGACACAGCGUCGGAGAUCGGGAGCGCAUUCAACUCUCCGGUCCGGUCAGCAAACAGGUCAGGCGUGAGCAGUCCGAACCCGUUUAAACACCACCAGCACAACGUAAACCUGUUCACGGAGGCGGCGACAAAACUUCUGGCUGCACAGGAGGGCCACAGGGUGGGGAUGGAGUUUGUCAGGUCCCCGGGUGCCACCUCGGAGCUGCAGACCAUCCCCGAAGGCAGCAUCACGAAACAGGAGGGCGACACAAAAGCAGACACCAACAUCAUCACUGUCUGUCUCAAGCGCUCGCUGCAGGGUGGGGAGGGGGGCGGUCCACCGGGCAAGAGGCUCCACAUGGGGGAUCCCGACAUGGGGCUGCAGAGGCUAGGGAGUGGGGACUCCGGGACGGGACAGUUUGAUGGUGACCCCGCCGCGACCCUGCAGGGCGGGAGUGUCGCAGGUCAGGGGUCAGGGGACGGCCAGCAGGACCAGAAUGCACUGCACGCGGGCGGGGCAAGGCCAAACAUGGCGCAUGCCUUCGCACCAAAGGACUUACUGGCACUGCUGAAGAACGUUGAGACGGAAAUUCAGAUCUGCGAGCAGCACCUUAAGGAUGAGAUCGAGAAGAGGAAGAAGUACAAGGUGGACGACUGUCGUCGGACCCACAACUACGAUGAGUUCAUCCGCACGUUCCUGCGAAUGCUGGCUGAGCAGGGCCAGCUGUCCAAGCUGGUGGACCAGCACCCUGCUGUAGUGACUGCGCUGUUGUGUGUGGCCCAGGGCAACUGAAACGGAGAUGGGCGCCGCCCCAUGUGUCACUUGAGCUGUUUUUUAACUAUCGAUACUUGCUCUUCUCAGGUGGAAGACUGUCAGCAGAACCACAACUAAAAUGAGUUUAUCCACUACCCCUACAGCCUCAAAAAGGCCUCAAAAUAGUAUCUUUGCAUUUUAAAAAAAAGCCUCAAAGUUUUCUCAAUGUUUGUGUCCCCAGGUUGACGACUGUUGGCGGACGCACAACUACGAUGAGUUUAUCCGCACGUUCCUGCGCAUGCUGGCUGAGCUGGUAGACCAGCACGUCCCUAACAACCCACUGUCCUUGUGGCCUCAGAAAGGCUACGGGACUACCUUUGCUUUUUCAAAAGUCUUAUCAAUGUUUCAAAAUGUAUGCUCUUUGUAGGUGGACGACUGUUGGCGGACCCACAACUACAAUGAGUUCACGCAUUCCUAACAACCUACAGCCCCUACGGCCUCAAGAAAGGCUACGACACUUCUUUUUCCUUUUCUAAAAGUCUUAUCAAUAUUUACUGUUUGCAGGUUGACGACUGUCGUCGGACCCACUGCCCCUACUACCAUUUCCUGUUUUU